AUGAGUGACAGCGAUAAAGACACCAAGUUGGAGGGGACGGAAAAAGUGUUGGACAAGCGCACGACGCUGCUACGGCCUCCGGAGCCGGAUGCGAGCAAGGCGCCCAUCGAGAACACGGUCGAGGUGACGCCGCUGGCGGUGUUGGGCCCGGACAUCUUCACCAACACACGGCCGCUGUGGCUGCCCCCCGGCGCGCGAGGCGUCUAUGGAGGCGCCGUGAUUGCGCAGAGCCUGGCCGCAGCCCAGCUGACGGUGCGCGACGACUUCCUGGUGCACUCGUGCCACUGCUAUUUCCUGCUGGCUGGUUCCGCGACGAUCCCCAUCAUGUACCACGUCGAGCGGGUGCGCGACGGGCGGUCGUUUGCGACGCGGACGGUGCAGGCGCGGCAGAAGGGCAACUGCAUCUUCACGACGACCAUCAGCUUCGUGCGCGAGAACAGCGGCGGCGCCAAGCAGAUCCAACACGCGGCGGCGCUGCCGGACGUCGAGAAGCCGGACCCGAGCUGGGACACGGAAGGCGAUGCGCUCUGGGACCGGGCCGGGCCGUUCAGGAGCCGCCGCAUCGAGCUCAGGGUCGCCGAUGCCCGGCCGGACCAGCGCAGGGCGCGGCAGUGGCAUCGCUGCCGGGGCCGGAUCUCGGCGGCGGGAGGGCACCAGGCGCACCUCAACGCGCUGGCGUACGUCUCGGACAGCUACUUCAUCGGCACGGUGUCGCGCAUCCACCGGCUGUGGCGGAUGGGCCGGACGCCGGAGCAGGUCGCGGAGCUGCCGGACGCCGAGGGCGACAGAAUGCGGCAGUUUCUCGAGUUUGAGGGCAUGGGCAGCAGGUUGGAGGACUGGGCGGGGAGGCCGCGGGUCGGGAUGCUGGUGAGCCUGGACCACAGCAUCUACUUUCACGAGCCGAAGCGGGUGAGGGCGGACGAGUGGAUGUUUUCGGAGAUAGAGAGCCCGUGGAGCGGAGAUGGGAGGGGGCUUGUGAUGCAGCGGAUCUAUGCGGCGGACGGCACGUUGUUGGCGAGUUGCGUGCAGGAGGGCGUUGUUCGGUUGCAGCAGGACGAGGCCGAGAGGGGAUCCAAGAUUUGA